UGUUAGUGGAAACUGGAUGUCAGGAGGAUUAUUCAGAAUAUCACUGGACUAAUACGUCUUCUCCAAACUACUGUACAUGAUAUGAAUAAGAUGGAGAAAGGACACAUGUACCUCGCUCUGAUCUGUGUAUUGUGCCUGAAAGUGACCCAGGGUGUGAGAGUGGGAAAUGUGCUGAUUCAGUCGGAAUUCUGUCAGACGCAGCUUCCAACCGCAGAAUUUGCUUUCCAGUUUGAUGAUGAUGAGAUAUUUAAUGUGGAUUAUGACAAGAAACAGGCGCGGUGGAGACUGCCGCAGUUUGGAGAGUUGGUUGGUUUUGAGGCUGCGGGUGCCCUGCAAAAUAAAGCUGUGGACUGUCAAAACCUGGAAACAGAUAUGAAGAGAACUAACAAGACAGCAGCAAAACCAGUGACUCCCACAAUACAGAUCUUCCCAGAGGAUCCGGUGGUUCUGAAGGAGCCCAACACACUGAUAUGUUUUGUUAAGAAUAUCUUCCCUCCGGUUAUGAAAAUGAGUUGGCUGAAGAAUAACCAGCCUGUGAUGGAUGGAGUGUCAGAAACCGACUUUUAUAUAGCAUCAGAUUUCUCCUAUUACAAAUUCCUAUACCUGGCUACCAUCCCAGUAGAGGGAGAUGUGUACACCUGUUCUGUGGAGCACGCCGGCCUGCCUAAUAACCACGACAACAAGUUCUGGAAACCUGAAUCGCCCAGUCAUAUAUCAGAGACGUUUGAGAAUGUGGUGUGUGGUCUGGGCCUAGCGGUGGGAAUUAUUGGAAUCAUUGCCGGCAUCUUCCUGAUCUUCAAAGGACUAAAGAAUAAUCAGAAUAGAGGCCACUGACCAAUCAGCUUCUAUAUUACAGCUGCAAAACAUUGUUCUGCACAUGAUCAGCCGAUCCCUAUAUACUCCUGAAGAGCUUCUAUAACAGCUGAUAAAGAGAUUGAAGAUACAGCUCCUCCGCUGGCUAUGUCCCUGCUUUGUUUUAUGGGUUAUGUUUUCAUGCAUGCAUGUCUCUGUAAAUUUACUAUUGCUUAUUUUGGAAUUCCAUUAACAAUGUUGGCAUGUGAAUAUUGGUUCCACACACAAUAUGGAUACUCCAAUUGUAUAUAGGUGUUUGUUUUGCUUCUGAUGACUAAGGGAGACACCUUCUUAAUAUAUAUAUAUAUAUAUAUAUAUAUAUAUAUAUAUAUAUAUAUAUACAGGAGAAUACAGCAGCCCACUGCUAGCGCAAAGAUACAGAUAAAACAUGAAGUGCUAUAUUGCUACAAUGCAAAAAGGAAAAUAUUUAGGUGCUUUGCUCACCAUUUGGCAACCAAAUAGUUUGGACCAUCCCACCGCAAUAAGGUAACCUCAUUAUAUAUAUAUAGAUAUAGAUAUAUAUAUAUAGAUAAGGUUCAUUUGCACUACUUAAAGUGAUGUUGUAAGUGUAUUGUCAAUUAUGACAAUUUUAAGAUAUAAUUAUAUAUAUAAAUAUAAAUAUAUUUAUAUCAAUCAAACAGAGGAAGGGAGCAGCACACCGAAGUAGGCAAUAGGAGAAUGGGAGCGCCAGCCGUCAAAACCUUUGGUCACAAGAUUCCACAAUAUCCAAAAAGUAUUCACAGCAGCACAUCCUUGCUCUGGCAUUCUGUGCUGAAUAAAGCUUCACUUUUUGCCUUACGGAUGUGCUGCUGUGAAUACUUUUUAUAUAAAUAUAUAUAUAUGUAAUUAUAUCUAAAUUAUCAUAACUGACAAUACACUUACAACAUCACUUCAAGUAGUAAAAAUGAAUCUAAUCUGUUAACUUGUUAACUAUUCUUGUCCUGCAGAAUUAAAGGGGUACUCCGCUGCUCAGCAUUUGGGACAAACUGUUCCAAACGCUGGAGCCGUGAGCUUGUGACGACAUAGCCCCGCCCCCUCAUGACGUCACGCCUGUGCCCCCUCAAUGCAAGUCUAUGGGAGGGGGCGUGACGGAUGUAGACUUCCAUUGAGGGGGUGCGGGCGUGAAGUCAUGAGGGGGCGGGGCUAUGACGUCACAGGCUCACGGCUGCAGCGCUUGGAACAGUUUGUUUCAAACGCUGAGCAGCGGAAUACCCCUUUAAGGGGAGGUCCUUGGAGGCAUUACCCAACAUCCCUUGAGGACAGUGCCCUCAGCCGUUUUGCACCAGGCCCAAUAACACCCCUUACUGGGCCACAACCCUUUCUAGGAAUCCUGCCCAUCAGGAAUCAAUCAGUCAUGCUUGGUAACCAUCUCAGCCCUUAUAACCCAACCCAAAAGGAGAGGGUCUAUAUAAUCAUAUAAUUUCCCCUUGUAAAAUCCUUUUCCAAUACUUUUCCCUGCACUAACACUGCUGCGACCUAACACUGCUGCGACCUAACACUGUUGCGAC